GAGAACCAGUCUCGUUUUGUAAGCAUUCAUCUCACCGUGGACAAUGAUGUGUACUAAACCCAAAUAGUGUCGUAAUAAUUAUUAGUAUUCCGUCGUGACGAUGUUCGUAUAAAAGUUAUAUUUUUAGUGAUAUCCAUCAACAUAAUUAUUGCAAGUUUCAUACCGUACCGACACCGAUAUAAACGUUUAUACCGUCGUUUAUGUUAUACAAUAAUAAAUACUAAUCCGCGUACCUACGACGUGCAACAAUGACAUUACCGUAAAUUCAUAAAUUGCCGACUUGCCGAGGUUUUUUUUUUCUAUGACCAUGUAUUAAUUUCAAUGUCUUUGUCCGCAACUCUAUAUGCAAUAUUAUACGCACACCAGGAUCAUCUGAAAUGACAUUGUCUUUAAAACGUGAAAGCAUACGACUAGUCUAGAAUUUCAAUUUAAAGAAUUAAAAAUAAUUUAUAUAGUUCACCGACCCGUGUACAAUGAAGGGUCAAUCAUCAAGAGUACUGCUGUUGCUCGCGUUCUUGUCUGCUGAUUUGUCCGGCGGCGAUUCGUGCUACGAACCAAUCGACCAGGAUCCAUAUCUGUAUUUUUCGCAUAAGACUGCAUAUCAGCUGAUACUAAACUCGAAGUUCAAACCAGUGCCUUAUUGCCGUCCGACAUUUGUAUGGAUGUUUAUUAGAUCGGGUACCAGUUAUCCGAAUACUAACGAAUCCUUGGCCAUUCGUCAGUUGCAUCAAUUCAAAGAUAGAGUGAUAAAAAAUCACGAAGAACGUAGAAAUGGACAUCUAUGUAGAAACGUAUUAGACAGCCUAAAACGUUGGGAAUUUGAAAUUAAUCCUACUUCAGAAAAUGAUAUUUCACCUCAGGGUAGAAUGGACAUGCAGCUACUUGCAAAAAGGACAAAGGACAAAAUGAGUGAAGUUUUAGUAAAAGAUAUCAACAAAAAUACUUUCAAAAUUUAUGCCAGUGAAGACCGGAAAGUUAUGAAUAGUGCUGAAGAAUUUUCUAAAACCAUGUUCGGAGAUGACUUUAGAUACAAAGUUCCAAUUGAAAAAAUUGAAAACAACUCAAGUUUUAUUGGGCUAGAAGCUUGUCCUAAAUGGACUGAUGCAAUCCAGAAUUCUGAAGCUUCGCUAUUUCGUAAAUCACCGGAAUACAUUGAAAUGGUGAGCCAAAUAAGUAAAAGGCUGGGUUUUCUAGACAACAUAACCGACAGUAUAGUCCACGCGAUGUACGAAUCGUGCCGAUAUAAUAAAGCACUCGUGGUCGAAUCUUACCCGGCAUGGUGUGGCCUGUUCACUAGACAAGAGUUACAGCUUUUAGAAUAUUACGAAGAUUUGGACUAUUACUAUAAAUACGGUUACGGUUCUGAAAUUAACACAAAAGUGGGAUGCCCGAUCGCUAAAGAGUUGAUGGGAUAUUUAAAUGCUGUGGCGAAUAACGAUUCCGAUAGACCUUCGGCUGUAUUUAGGUUUGGCUCAUCGGCUGGAUUGUUGACUACGUUAUUGGCUUUAGGCGUGGCCAGAGACCCGAUUCCUCUGACCCAUUCCAAUUACCACGCUCAGUAUCGUCGUCAGUGGAGAAUGUCACAAGUGGACCCAUUUUCCGGUAAUUUUGCCGCCGUAUUUUACAAGUGUGAUCAAGGCGACGAAGAGAACAAAGUCAUGUUCUACUUGAACGAGGGCGUGUACGAUUACCCGGGCUGCAACGUCGGCCUGUGCUCUUGGAAAUUCGUCGAGAGCAAAUUCAAACAUUAUCUCGGACCGGACGGCUGCAACGACGAGGUGUGUCACGACCGAAGUCGAGCGUCGGGCGUGCGGCGCGCCGGUUAUUUGGUCGCCGCGCUGAUUCCAGUCGCACUCGCAGCGUACUUACAUCGCGUUUGAACAUUAUUAUACGUUUUUCGUUUGGCUGUGUCAUAAACCAUACAUAAUACAUAUAACUAUUAUUUAUUACAUAUUGACGAUAUACUGUGUUUCAGUCGUGGUUAUUAAUAGUGAAAAUAGGUGAAAAAGUAUAAUAUCAUAUUCCAUACAGAACGUAAUAUUUUAAUCCUCGUGCAAUGUCACGGAAUUUCGUGAACGUCGUAUUACGAUAGGUACUUUAAUGUCGUCUCGUCCAGACGGCCCGUGUAAACGUUUCUCGAAACAUAAAAGAACAACACUCCCAUCCGGCGAAAUCCAACUGCAGUCAUUAUUAUCAUGUAAAUGACUACGAUAGCUGGCAUGUUACAUUUUUCUUUUCUACCAACGGGUUUCAAACUGAAAGUCACAUUGACAAUAAUGAUGUACUUGUUAGUUAAUAUAUAUUUUUUUAUCACUAUUUAUUACUAUUUUCAUUUUUAUUUUUUUAUCAUAUCGGGUAUCUGCUUUACAGACGCGUUUACAAAAAACGAGAUUAAUAAUAUCGUAUUACAAAUAGUAAAAUUAUACAAUUUAAGCGCAGCAGAUCGUAUUACUAUUGUUAUUAACCCGUAGACUGCAACUAAGUAGAUUGAAACAUUUGAAAUUGAAUGGACAAUAAAAAACGAUACUUAUUUUCCGUAAGGCCAUACGUCUCGGAGUAGAAUAAACUAUUAACGAUGAAUAUUAAGUUUUUAUUUAAUAAAACACAUAUUAAGCUUACUGUUUCCUAUUUAUAUAUUUCUUUACUGACUGUAUUUUUAUCAUACGUCUGAGAUCUCACAAACGGCGCAUAGGUACGCUGAAUUAAAGCUGAAACCUGGGUUGAUUGUAGUUAUAAUAAUAUAUUUAUAUAAAAUAAUGUGCCUAAGUACAACGGUACACAUCUUAAUGAUAGUUAUUUUGUUUUAAUAAAUUUAUAUUAUGAAAUAAUAAA